UCAGUCAGACGGAGCUCACACUUUUUCCACACACACUCAACUCCUUUUUGGUUAGAGAAAUCUUACAAAAUCAAACGAAACAGCAAAAAUGUUGGCUAGGGUUUUGAGAUUGGGCAGCACGAGAUCGAUUCAUCUUCGUUCCGCCAAGACACGUACGGCUUCGAAGAGUUCUUUGAGGGAAGGUACAUUUAUAGGAGAUGAACUGAAAUUGAGAAGUGGGUCUCAUUAUAUCAAAUGCUUAGAUGAUGCUAUUGCCUUGUUUGAUGAUAUGGUUCGGUCUCGUUCCUCCUACUCGGCAAUUGAUUUCAAUAGAGUAAUAGGGUUGGUAGUGAGAAUGAAUCGUCCCGAUGUUGCGAUUUCUCUAUAUCAGAAGAUGGAAUUGCGCAGGAUUCCAUUUGAUGUCUACAGCUUCACUAUUCUGAUAAAAUGUUUCUGCGACUGUCAUAAGUUGUCCUUUGCUCUGUCUACAUUUGGUAAGAUGGCCAAACUUGGUUUCCAGCCCGAUGUUGUUACCUUUAGCACGCUGCUCCACGAAAUAUGUCUAGAAGAUAGGAUCUCUGAAGCCCUACUUUUGUUUGAUCAAAUGGCGGAAACGGGAUGUACACCCAAUGUCGUAACAUUUACAACACUGAUGAAUGGUCUUUGCCGUGAGGGUCGAGUUCUCGAAACACUAGCUCUUGUUGAUCGGAUGGUAGAAAAUGGUCACCAACCUAACGAAGUUACUUACGGAGCAAUCGUAAAUGGAAUGUGCAAGAUUGGCGACACUGACUCAGCUUUGAAUCUGCUUAGGAAGAUGGAUACAAACCACAUCGAAGCCAAUGUUGUAAUCUAUACUGCCAUCAUUGAUCGUCUUUGCAAAGACGGGCAACACACUGAUGCUCAAAAUCUUUUCACUGAAAUGCAUGAGAAAGGAAUUUUUCCCAAUGUUCUUACCUACAACUGUAUGAUAGACGGGUUUUGUAGCGUUGGUAGAUGGAGUGAUGCUGAAAAAUUGUUGCGUGAUAUGAUUGAUAGGCAAAUCAAUCCUGAUAUUGUAACUUUCAGUGCACUGAUCAGUGCAUCAAUCAACCAAGGCAAGCUGUUUGAGGCUGAAAAAUUGUGCAACGAGAUGCUCCGUAGGGGUAUAUGUCCUGAUACAAUCACAUAUACUUCAGUUAUCGAUGGAUUGUGCAAGUUUGGCGACACUAAGUCGGCUUUGAAUCUUCUUAGGAAGAUGAUGGAUACAAACCACAUCAAAGCCGAUGUUGUAAUCUAUACUGCCAUCAUUGAUCGUCUUUGCAAAGAUGGGCAACACAUCCAUGCUCAAAAUCUUUUCACUGAAAUGCAUGAGAAUGGAAUUGUUCCCGAUGUUCUUACCUACAACUGUAUGAUCGACGGGUUUUGUAGCCUUGGUAGAUGGAGUUAUGCUGAGAGAUUGUUGUGUGAUAUGAUUGAAAGGGAAAUCAAUCCUAAUGUUGUAACUUUCACCGCGUUGAUCAGUGCAUUGGUCAAAAACGGGAAGUUCAUUGAGGCUGAAAAAUUGUGGGACGAGAUGCUCCGUAGGGGUAUAUGUCCUGAUACAAUCAUAUAUACUUUAAUUAUCGAUGGAUUGUGCAAGCACGAUCGUCUAGAUGAUGCGAAACACAUGUUUGAUUCCAUGUCUAGUAGCCAGGGCUGUUCUCCAGACGUAGUUACUGUUGAGCCUAAUGUUCACACUUACACUGUAAUGAUUAAUGGUUUUUGUGGGAAAGGUGCAAUCUCAGAAGCAAAUGCGUUAUUCCGUCAAAUGAAGCACAAUGGACAUGUACCUGAUGACUGCACAUACAAUACACUAAUCAGAGGAUGUCUCAGUGGUGAAAUAGAUAUCUCAGCUGAACUUAUCACGGAGAUGCGAAGCAGCGGGUUCAGUGGAGAUGCAUUCACCAUGAAAAUGGUUGCUGAAAUGGCAUAUCAUGGUAGAUUGGACAAGAGCUUUUUGGAUAUGCUGUCUUAGUGUCUCUGGUAAAGAGUGACCGUCUUGAUCUUGUUUCUUCCAUGGUUUUAUAACAUGUGCUUGAGAAAAGACAGAAGAGAAGCAACAAAAGGUGAGUGUCUGAGGAACAAUUAACGUGGUGGAUCUGCUUUGUUUCUUGCUUUUUUCUCUAGUUUACAGAACACCCUUGGGAUUGAAACCAAACCAAACCAAACCUUAUGUACUCAAAAGUUUGUAGCUUUUACUUGUGGAGUAGAUAUCAAAACUGAUUCCGGUUUGUUUUGGAUAAUUUCUUCGCUUUGAACUAAUGAUUUAACUUCGUUAAAAAAAUAUUAACACUAUAAAUACAGUAAACACAAGACUGGGUUGGUCUUUUUUAGUUUGGUUCGGUGUCUUAAGAAACCUUGGA